GAUGGAUUCGUGGCAUGGAAGAAGACAGGCCAGAAUCUCGUCUCUGCGCCAAACUUUGUGGCGAAGGAUGUUCUUUCUCGCUACCACAAGCCGUGAUCUACUCUUCGCUGCGACUUAUAAAGCCAAGACUGGCGGAUCGGCUCCCUUCACCCUCGCUAGCUGCAGGCCACAUUAUCGACUGGGCCCUUGUAGUCAGUCUCUCUCCGGUACAGUACGACGCUCAGCAAGCAUGUUUCAGCGCUUCGCUUAUCCCACGGCGCACUGUGAUGGCCCUACACGCCAACACCUCAAAAUCACCACCGCGACCCCGGGAAACGCGUCACAACCUACUAGAGCGACGUCGCCCGAAGGGGGAGCGACACCUCAGCAGGGCAGGACGACAUCGAUCUACAGCCAAGUCGAUAACAUCGGAGUCUAGUACCGAGGGUCAAGAGACUGAAGACGCCCAACUCUCAUCGCCCACCUCCGUCACUAGAUCUAUCAGCCAACUUGGCUCUUCGUUUACGACUUCACCUCAGCCAGUGCCGCCCAUCAUCCCUAACGAGCUCAAUCUGCUCCCUGCCAGUGUCUGUGCCUCACCGGAAGCUCCCCUACCAGUACUUCCUGAACGUACGCCGCACCCAGCGCCCGACCCUGCGCGACCCACAAACUACUUCAAUCGCCACUCCCACCAUAUCCAUCUCCCUUAUCCCAUUGUCGCCAUACCUAUGGUCGACGAGGAGACCCAAACGGUCUACUUUACACGCGCCGGUGAGGUCUCGGGGGACGUCGUGUACGCCUCCGUGUGGCGCCUUCCGACUGUCGGCAUCGACGUGUUCUACCUCCCCUCCAACCUGAAUCCGCGGCCACUGACCCAGAGGGCGUGUGAGAUCGCAAGAGCCCUCGGACGGGUCGUCGGACAGGUUUAUAAGCACAUUUAUCGGCAGCAUAUGUUCAUCCAGUACGCGCGAUAUUUUUCCAGGGUUAGUCUCGUGCCUCCGUGAUCUGUUCCUCUGUCUAACCUCUCCUUGUUGCAUGUUCCUUCGUGUGAACGCUGAUCGUCCCUUACCUCCCGUCCGGUUGAUGACCAUAGACCUUCAUUGAAUUUCCCGGCCUCGCUUUCAAUCAGUACCCUGAUGCCAAACCCACAGCCCUAAUCCCGGACGUCCCUUGCUUCGAGUACUACAUGGAGAGGGUUGCUGUGCCGCAGUAUUGGAUGUGCGAGGAUAUUGCGAAGAUCUUUGACGCGCCAGACUUGAAGCUGUAUAUAUUAGAGUAAGGGUGCUUCGAUGGGAGUUUGCUUUGCAAAUCACCCGCUAAACGCUCGGUAUAGACUUUUAUGAUAUGGUAUCUAUUCUGUGAUUAUAGACGGUAUUGGAUUCGGUG